UUUACACCCACAUCCGCUGCAAUUUUUGUAGCAGCAGGCGUUGGUCUGUUUUUCUACUUUCGAUAUGAAAAGACCAGGUUACUGGAGGAACGGGAAAAAGAACGAAUGAACAAACAGUAUGGUCGGCCACAGAUAGGCGGGCCCUUCUCCCUCACGACCGACACUGGCAAGCCUUUCACUGACGAGGAUCUUCUUGGGAAAUGGUCAUUGGUCUAUUUCGGAUUCACGAAUUGCCCCGAUAUCUGUCCAGCGGAGCUAGACAAAGUGACCUCCGUGCUAGACUCAAUAGGCACGUAUCCCCUCGCUUCAAUUUUUCAACCCCUGUUCAUCACCGUCGAUCCCGUUCGAGAUUCGCAAUCUCGCAUCUCGCGAUACCUGCAAGACUUCCAUCCAUCCUUUACAGGCCUCUUUGGUUCGUACGAUGCUACCAAAGCUGUAUGCAAAGCCUACCGAGUGUACUUCUCAACACCACCCAACGCCGAUCCGAACGGCGACUACCUCGUUGACCACUCAAUAUUUGUUUACCUAAUGGACCCUCAUGGCAAGUUUGUUGAAGCAUUUGGGCAAAGUGUAGGAGAAGAAGUGGUGAAAACGAAGAUUAAUGAGGCUAUUUCGCAGUGGCAACAGGAAACGGGCAAGAAGGCGUAG